CGCUUCUUCCUUCUUUUUGGUGACUGGCCGGAGGCCGCGCUGCGAUGAGGCGCCGCGCUGAAGGCCCGUCCUAGAACGGCGUUGGCUGCGCGGGGCGCCCGAAGCUUCGCGCGUGCAUCGCGGGCGCUCAUGGGGUCCUGAGGCGGGGAGUAUCUUUUCUAUUCUUACUACUUACCUACCAAGGCUGUUUAAAUGAGAAUGUCCUUGGCGCAGAGAGUGCUACUCACAUGGCUCUUUACAUUACUGUUCCUCAUCAUGUUGGUGUUAAAGCUGGAUGAAAAGGCACCAUGGAACUGGUUUCUAAUAUUUAUUCCAGUUUGGAUAUUUGAUACUAUUCUUCUAGUUAUGAUCAUUGUGAAAAUGGCUCGCCGUUGUAAGUCUGGCUAUGAUCCUCGCAAUGGCUCCCAGAAUCUCAAGAAAAAAGCUUGGUAUCUUGCAGCAAUGCUGCUUAAGCUGGCCUUCUGCCUUGCUCUCUGUGCAAAACUGGAACAAUUUACUGUAAUGAAGCUUGCUUACGUCUUUAUUCCUCUUUGGAUUCUGCUAAUUGGAGGGAUGUUAGAACUUGGAUAUAAUAUUUUCUAUGUACGAAGGGACUAAACUUUUUUCACAUUCCUGAGCAAUGCUGCUAUAAGCUUACUGCCUCAAAAGGAACUAUUUAAAAUAUAUAUUUGACCUCCAAGCUGCUGGAUGUGAUUCUUCAGUAUGUGAAGCAGAGCUAUCAGAUUUUCAUGUACAUAUUGUAAAUAAAACCACCUCAUAUUUUC